AGGAGGAAGAGGAGGAGGAGAUGACGGAAGAGAUGCGGAUUAAGCUUGUUGUGCGUCGCUUAGGACUGCCUGUGUCGCACGAAGUACAGCUGAGUGGCCAUCACAAGGGCGUCACGGCGUUGGCCUUGGAUCGGGCGGGCGGACGUGUGGCAACGGGAUCGAACGACUACAAGGUGAAGCUUUUUGACUUCGGUGGCAUGGACAAGCGCCACCUGCCGUUCCGAGAGAUCGAGCCUGAGGAGGGCAAUGUGGUGGUGUCCAUCAGCUACUCAGGCACCGGACACGCCUUUCUUGUUUGCACCGCCGGGAGCCAGCCGAAGGUGUACGACCGCGACGGCAACCAGCUCGCCCACUUCGUCAAGGGAGAUCCGUACCUCAAGAAUAUGGCGAGCACAAAGGGCCACGUGACGCGGGUAACAGGGGGGGAUUGGCACCCCACGAAACGGAACGAGAUGUUGACUUGCUCGGUAGACGGGACAGUGAGAAUAUGGAAUCUCACCGGGAAGUUGGCCUUCGACAACCUCAUCAACCAAACGGUGAUCAAGCUACGGUCGGCCAGAGCGCUGAAGCUUGGGUGCACAGCUGCUGUUUAUCACCAGGAGGGGAGACGGAUCGCCGCUGGCGGGGAAGAUGGGUCUCUGCACCUCAUUAAUAUGGAUAGGCCUCACGUCAAGCACGACGUCGUUCGCGAGGCGCACAAGGGGUGCGAGCUCACGUCGAUCUCGUUCAACGAGGACGGCCAUCUGCUGGCGACGAGAGCGAUGGACGAUACGGUGAAGCUGUGGGAUAUGAGAAAGCUUGGGGGUGGAGUGGUGAAGACUUUUCCCGACGUCCCGACACACAUGGAAACGGCCAACACGUCGUUCAGUCCCGACGGCCGAGUGCUGGUUUGCGGCAGCAACGUGCGGCCCAAGUCGGACGCCACGGGUGUGCUCAAGUUUUUCAAUGUAUACACGGCAGAGGCCGAGCCGGAGCUUGAGGUUAACGCUGCUCCGGAAGCCAGCGUGGCGCGCGUGGUUUGGCAUGCGCAGACCAAUCAGGUUAUUUGUAGCACGUCCGCGGGGGGUGUGCGGGUUAUGUACGACCCUGCCAUCAGUGACAAGGGGGCGAUGCUCUCGGCAGGAAGGUCUCACAGCCGGCUCAACACCAACAUGUUCCUGCCGAAGCAUGCGGUGGGAGAGGUGUACGCUCCGCACGCGCUCCCCAUGUUUCGCGAGGAGCAGAACUCCAAGAAGCGGAAGGAAAGGAGCGACAGGAAGGACCCCGUUCGAAGCAAGAAACCCGAUCCUCCGAUGCCCGGCCGCGGCGUGCAGGGACGCAUCAGCUCGUCCAAUAAUUUCCACCAGUACGUCCUCAAGGAACAUCUUGUCUCUCAGAAGAACCUGCUUCACGAGGACCCCCGCGAAGAGCUGCUCAAAUACGAGGCGGAGACCAAGGACGAGAAGGAGUAUCUCGGGUCGGCCUACGAGAAAUCUCAGCCCGAGGGUGGUGGAAUGUUCCACAGAACCUUGGAGCAAGAGGAGGAGGACUUCAAGGAAGAGCAAAGAAAGCUCUUGGACUCGUGAUCAUGUGCACGUAGCGUGUAGAAUGUUGUGCGUUAGAGUGUGCUUCUCGCGGAAAAGUAGGAAAAUAAUCUAUGCUUGUAACCGCUAUUGGCUUGACGGAGAUCUGCGUCUCCCUGGACGAUGGGUUCCUCUUGUUCGGCCUGUCGGAUAUCGAUGCUCACUGCGUGCUGACGGAUGGAAGCACCCUGUCAUCGUUUUUCCCAGCAACCAGCCCGUUUUUGAGUUCGAAAAUCGCGCUAAAAAAUAUCAGCUGAAGAGUUU